GAGCUUUUAAUUGUUUUUAUUUACAGAUUUAUUACCUAUUUAAUACGUAUUUAAUGAAAAAUCGAAGGAAUUCAAUCAAUGAUGAAGCAACCAUAAAUAGAUAGGGGGAAAACAAGAAACAUCUUAAGUUUUAGCAGGAAAAAAAAGUAAAUAUAACCAACGAGCGCAAAAUUAACAGCAGAUUUCGAGAACAAAAGUAUUCGGGCAAACGAAAAGUAGGUUUACAAAACUAUAAUGUCAACAAACGAGGCAAAAUACAAACCAAUCCGACACAUAGUUUGUUCACUUAGUAACGAAAGUACAAUAUCGAGCCGUGUCUUUACACGUUUCCUUCAGAAGUUCUUUGUGUCAAGUAAAGUGUUACGAGACCAUAACAGACACUGGAAUGUCAGGAGCUCAAGUUAAAACCACGGAAACGAGGCAAUCACUUCUUCCAAGAAAUCUCUCGUCGUACAGGAAAGAGAUGCAGAAACACGAAGUAUCCUCCGUUUCAGAUUUGUAUGACGAUACAAAUUAUUCCGAUAAGUUUCGUAAGUUCAGUCGGGCAUUUUUCGAUGAAGCAGACGACUGUGAAAGCAUAGAGCUUGACUUUAAUUUCAAUUCUAAAAGCGGUAAAUCUAAGAAAAACCGUCGGAAGUCUGCCAACAAAGCACCUCAGGAUUUCAUUACAUAUGUAAUACGUAUGCACGAUAACUGGAGAUAUAUAUGCACAAAUACUAUUGGAGACCAAGUUAUUUAA